CCGGCCCCGCCGGGAAUGGAGCGUUUGGCGAGUAACGGCCCCGCCCGGGCUGCUCGGCAGCUCCAACACCCGGCUCUGUUCUCCUGCCCCCGCCGGCGCUGAGCACCAGAACGGUUUCGAGAAUGGGGAGCCUACAGUCUACUUCUGUAGGAUUGUCUAAUGAUGCUGCUGUGAGUCAAAUACAGAACAUUAUUUCAGACAACUGUGUGGUGAUUUUCUCUAAAACAACAUGCCCAUACUGCAAAAUGGCAAAAAAGCUUUUUGACAGUUUGAAUGUGAAUUACACAGCUGUGGAACUGGACACAAAUAUGAAUGGAAGCCUGUUCCAGGACGUUCUUGAGCAGAUGACGGGUGGCAGAACAGUUCCAAGAGUGUUUAUCAAUGGGACUUGUAUUGGAGGUGCAACAGAUACUCAAAGGCUUCAUGAUGAAGGCAAACUGCUUCCUUUAGUUCAUCAGUGUCAAAUAAAAGCAAAUUCCUGAGCAGCCAUCCAGCUUAGCUUCAUCUUCCUUUGUAUAAACAGAAUUUCAGAUGAAUGCAGAAGAUCACAAAGAUACACACACAGCAUGAGCUGCACUCAACAACUUCAAACCAUGGCUUUCUGAAUCACAAAUCAUUCUCUGACAGACUUUAUGGACUUAGCAAAUUAACUGGUGUCCUUGCUUAAGCUUUAUCAUAAUCAAAAUGGUCAUUAAAAAUCAUUAUGUAACUCAGGACUCUUCGUGUGAGACAGUGAUGUCAUUUCAUGGCUUUAACAUCCUGCUUCAGAGAAGUCUAAACUGUACAAGAAUAAUGGGUAUUUUUUUGCUCCACAUUAGUUUGCUUUCUAGCUUUGUUUCAGUAAAUGGUCAGUUUAAUUUAAUGGUGCCUUUAUAUUCAACUCUUCUCUGUCAAAUUGUAAUGAAGAAAGUAAGAACCCAA